AAAACCCACAUUUUCAGCCCAAACAAAAACUGAAACCACGCGAGGCAGCGAGCCCUUCCAUCCCACCCCCCCACCGGUGCCUGCGCACGGCCACGCUCCCCCAGAGGCAGAGGCAGAGGCAGAGGCGAGAGAACCCACCCGAGGCCAGGCGGCGAUGGUGUCGGACUCGGAGCUGGUGGAGCGGCUGCGGGAGGUGCUGCGGGAGUCGGACCUCACCACCACCACCACCGGCGCCCUGCGCCGCCGCCUCGAGGAGGACUUCGGCGUCGACCUCUCCGACAAGAAGACCUUCGUCCGGGAGCAGGUCGACCUCCUGCUCUCCGAGUUCGCCGACAAGGCCGAGCCCGAGGAUGCGCCCGCGGAGGAGGAGGAUCCGGAGGAGGUGACGCCGGAGGCCGGGGAAGGAGGGGAGGAGAAGGGCGAGGGGGAGGAGGAGGGGGCCGAGCAGCAGGAGGGGGAGGAGGAAGAAGAGGAGGAAGAGGAGGAGGAGGAGGAGGAAGACGAGGAGAGUGGCGGCGGCCGGAAGAAGAAGCGGCGGAUAUGCGUCGGCACUGUGCAUUCGCGUGUGAUAUCUUUGCCCGAACAGUGGUUGGGUGACGGCAAGAAAAAGGCUGGUGGCUUUACAAAGUUAUGCAGCAUUUCCCCAGCACUUCAAGAGUUUGUCGGUGCCUCUGAGUGUGCCAGGACAGAGGUUGUCAAGAAGCUUUGGGCAUAUAUUCGAGAAAAUAAUUUGCAAGACCCAAGCAAUAGGAGGAAGAUUCUUUGUGAUGAGAAUCUGAAGAAGAUUUUUAACGUCAAUUCGAUUGAUAUGUUCCAAAUGAAUAAAGCUUUGACCAGGCACAUUUGGCCAUUGGAUUCUGAUGGUCCCGUCUCACCAAAGAAAUCGACACCCAAGGAGAAGUCGACACCCAAGGAGAAGUCGACACCCAAAGGGAAGCCUCAAAAGAGAGACAGAAGUGAAGGAAACAAGCAAAAAGGUGGAUCAUCUGGGUCUACUUCUGGUCUUCUUGCGCCCCUUGUACUUUCGGAUGAUUUAGCAAAAUUUAUCGGCACUGGUGAGAGUAUGUUGUCACGAUCUGAUGUUGUGAAGAGAAUGUGGGAUUAUAUAAAAGAGAAUAACUUACAGGAUCCUUCUGACCGGAGGAAAAUAAUCUGCGACGAGAAGCUGAAGGAUCUAUUCCAAGUUGAAUCAUUCACUGGAUUCACGGUGUCGAAGCUGCUGAACCCCCAUUUUACAAAGGCAAAGUAGGGAGCUGCACUGCACCACCCCCCGAUCCGCGGCACCCGUAAGGAGGGCGGGUGGUUUUGUUUUUCUUCUUCUGCAGUAAUCUGUAACCAUGGAACAUGUAGGAGUCAGUCAUCAGAGAAAUGUGGAACCUUAACUUGUGUGAAUUCCAGUUGGACUUUUCCCCCAUUAUCAAUGGUAGGGUCUCCAGUGUUUACAGUGUUUUGCAUC